AUGGCGGCCGCGGCUCAGGCGCUGAGCGGCUCCGGGCUGCUCCUGGCCGCCGCCGCCCUCGCGCUCCUGGCCGUGGCCAUCGGCACCGACUCCUGGUACGAGACGGACGCGCGGCGGCACCGCGAGCGCUGCCGCGGCUUCGGCCACAAGCGCAGCGACCCGCCGGGCUCCAUGUCGGCGCCCAGCUCGCACCUGCCGCUCCGCGCGCGGCCCCCGCGGGCCCUGCUGCCCGGGCGGCCGCCGGCCCCCGUCCCUGCCGCCGCCGCCGCCGCCCUGGACUCGCACUGCGGCCGCCGCUUCAACUCCACCGUCUCGGGGCUCUGGAGGCGCUGCCACCGCGCGGGCUACGAGCCGGACAGCGAGGAGCUCAUCCGCAAAGGUGUUAUUCAGCGCUGCACUGCUGUGAAGUACCACUACACCUCUAGCUCUCUGCCACGCAACUUACCCAUUAAUAUUACCAACACCAUCCGGCAGGAUGAGUGGCAUGCUCUCCACCUGCGGAGGAUGACAGCUGGCUUCAUUGGCAUGGCAGUCUCCAUCAUUCUCUUUGGGUGGAUUAUUGGUGUGCUGGGCUGCUGCAAGCAGCAGGAGCUCAUGCAGUAUGUGGCUGGGCUGCUCUUCCUAAUGGGAGGUACAUGCUGUAUCAUCUCACUCUGCACUUGUGUAGCUGGGAUCAAUUUUGAGUUAUCGCGCUAUCCUCGCUAUGUCUAUGGGCUGCCAGAGGACAUCAGUCAUGGCUAUGGCUGGUCCAUGUUCUGUGCCUGGGGAGGCUUGGGCCUCACUCUGCUGGCUGGAUUCCUCUGUACAUUGGCCCCUUCACUCAACACGUCUCGGGCACCAGUACAAAAACCCAGACAAGAAAAUGGGGCUGUGUGA